GUGUAUUCGACGCUCAAUUGGAACAUAAUGAGCGAUCUACUGAGUACUCCGCCCCAAGAUCAGGGCCAUAGAAGAAAUAAAGCGUCUAUUACUCGUGCAACAAGACCAAGAUCAUCCACCAAAGGACCUUUGGAUGCCGAUAAUGGGCUAUUAACAUCUCCGGCGGCUUCUGCUUCUCAGCUAAGCCCGACUCUCAUGUCGCCCGCACGAUCUCCCUCCAACACAGCACAUCCUCGACAGGCUCCACCAUCUCCGACUCCUCAACUGGGAGAAGCGAGGCCAAAGGACUUUGCGUUUCUCUUGCAGCCUGAAAUCUACCAUCCCCUAAACUUGCAAAAUAUCCCCCCUGCAUUUAGAAAUUCACAGAAGCAGCCUGGCCCAGAAGUGCCGAUAGACCAACUGCUAGCCAAAGGCCACUUCAGGGCAGCGGCCAUUGCGGCAGCCCAAGAAUUGACUGGCUCAGUCAUAAACGGGAGUAGCAUCGAUCCUCAUGAUGCCAAUAGGAUCUUCAGGCUUCUGUAUACCCGGCUUGCCUGUCUAACUUUGAUUGACGCAACGUCACUUGCAGCCCAGGAGGCCAAGGCGCUAGAAGACUUGAAUGAUCCUCGGAGAUAUAUAGAUGACAUUACAAAUGAGCAUCUUGCGCCGUGGGAACUGCGCGUGCUACAUGUACGGCUGCAGGCACUGGGAUUUGGAGAUCCUCGCCGAGCUGUGAUGAGUUACCAUGAUCUUGCCAGAGAAGCCAGAGAGAAUAUCAGGAAAGCGUCUCUGGCACAUGAUAACUCUGCUAGAGAGCUCUGGAAGUCAAGGCUCCAUGAAUUGGGUAUCAAAGUAGCAGGGGCCCUGAUUGAGAUGGACGAUCUUUCCGGCGCGGCACACCAUCUCGGGAGUCUAAGAGAUCGAGGCGACGGCAAAUUGGCUCUGUCAAAGGCACUUCUCUGGUUACACCUCGGCGACACACGGAAUGCAAAGUUGUGUGCGAGCCAGUGUUCUGAGGAUACCGAGAACGUCGAGAAGAUUAUCUUGGCUCUGUGUGACAUGGCAGACUCGAAUUAUGAACUGGCGUUACAGAAAUGGCAAGAGUUUGACAUUAUGGCGGUAGAUGAGAUGGUUGGGGUCAAUCAGGCCGUGUGUUUAAUCUAUCUUGGACGGAUUCAGGAGGGGCGUACAAUACUGGAGAAAUUGGUUGACUCAGGCUUAUCGUCGCAUACUUUGUUAUUUAAUCUAUCGACAACAUACGAAUUAUGCUCAGAAAGAAAUCGGUUAUUAAAGGGAAGGCUUUCGGAGAAGGUUGCUAACAUGGAGGAAUCGCCAUUUGGGUGGGAGAAGACGAAUGCUGAUUUCAAGCUCUGAAUAAUGAACGCGUUACACAUAUACAUGAUAUAUCUCUUGGAUGGAAUGAAUAUUUUGCGCUCUUUGUGUUUACUAGAAUAUCAUAUUAGAAUAACUGCAUUUGUAUCCCAGCGAACUCAUAGCUAUUGUGACCAAUCUAACCAGG